CGCCCGCUGCGCGCGCAGAAAGUGAAACCAACACGACCGCGACCAUGAUAGCGCUCGCCCUCUGCGCCCUGACCCUCGCCCUGCGCGCCGGCUGCGCCGACCAGACGCAGAUAGAGAAAUAUGGAGAAAACAAAUUCAAAAAGUACCAACUGGAUGUGCCCGGCAAGAAACCCAUCACCAUCAUAGAAACAGCUUCCAGCGAAGUUCCUCAUGAGUGGGUGGACAUUUCCGUGAAUUCCGGAAGAGGGAAAGACGACAUGUAUAUGAAGAAUAUGAUGACGGAUAUCAUCCACGACCACGACACGGCGGGCGACCACCCGAGGUGCUACGGACCCUCGUGUCAAGAAGGAUUCGUUGAGGACGAAGGACCCCAAGGAGAAAUGGAUGAAACAAUACCGGAAGUUCAGGAAAAAUCUAAAGACUUCCGGGACUUUAACAGUGAUCGACUUCAAGCAAUAACUGCUCUUGCCGAGAAACUUAAAAAACAAAAACUAAAAGUUGAUAAAUACUACAGCCAACCCCCUCCUGUUGACCAAGAUGAAGAAGAAGAUAAUGGAAAAGUGUAUACAACGUGGAAUAGACUAAAAGUGAAACAACAUAAGCACCCUUUUGAUGACAAAGACGGAUGGGUGACUUUAGAACCAGUGGCGUGGUCAACUAGUAAGAUCUCAAAGUGGAAACCAAAUGUUAAAAAGCAAAAACCUGUGUGGACCGAUAAUGACGAUAGAUUUCCAAGUGACGGCCAAUAUUCUAUGUAUCAAGGAAUCAUCAGCUCUCAAGGACAGGCUCAAAAGAAGCCAUCAAUGAACCGUCCCGUUAUGCAGUACAUCAACAACAAGUUACACGUGACUAGUGAUUCAAAUUGGGAAUCAGAAAUUCCUUCAAGGCCAUCUUGGACCAAACCUGAGAGCCACUACAGCUACCCUUCCUCAUGGAACCCUGAUGACGGAAGGAAGCCCCACAAACCCAACUGUGACAAUGAAGAACAACCUUCAAGUGAUGACACUAUGUAUUACGGCAUGUCGGACCCCGUGGUGACUGAUUCCCGACCCUCAUACUUCCCUUAUGAAUACGAAGCAUUGAAGCGACCUAUUAGAAGACCAACCCAAGUGGUUUAUGCUGGACCUCCCGACGUGGACAGUGAUCGUGCGUCAAGACCUCCUUUUGGGGACGGGCAGUGGGUGCUGCUAUCGACUACCAAAGGGUAUCGUAACAAGAAACGCCAGCGGUCGCUUUCUUUCACAGAUGAAAACCCUCAGAGCGAUCCACAGACCAUCACGUCUCACCACACAGUGGGCCUCACCGUCCUGCCGGUGGACAACAACUACACGAACAUGACGACGUCUCACGGGGGCUUGUUGGAGGUAGAGAAGAGCUUCCAGACGGUGGAGGAGUCCAAGCGUGACAUGGACAGGAAGAACGAACGGCCGGAUGAGGAGCCGGCGGCGACGGAGAUCAGGCCUGGAGGCCACCGUGUGGUGAGGAAGAAGGUGUAUAAGGGCAGCAUGGCUCCGGAUGGCUCGGCGGUGCUGGCGGCGGUCGGGGCCGGCAUGGUGCCCGCCACUAUGGCCAUGGUGGUGCCCAUGAUGCUGGGGAAGAGAAGAAGACGGGAUCUCCAUCGCAUUCGCCGUGAAGUGCCGGUGGAUCGUAUGGUAUUCAAGUUUGAAUAG